AUGCUGCAGCAGCUCGAGAGCGGCUACUCCACCGCGGCGGAGGUGCGCGAUGCACUGCUCGCGCUCUCGGACCUCGAGGGAUACGACGAGCAGCUGGAGCGGGGCCACGCGCGCUUGGAGGCGCUCCGGGCGAGGCUUUCGCCGCUCCACGCGCUCGCGUCCCGCCUGCCCGACGACCUCUGCUCGCCGCCGCGGCGGAGCUACACGGCCCAUCACGUGGUCAGCGGUGAGCCGCCCAUCUCGCGCGCCGAAGCGGUGCGCCGCGUGCUGCUCGACAACUUUCUGCGCCGGCAGCUCGACGCGGGGGCCGUCUCCGCCGACCGCGUCUCCCUCAUCAAGAUCCAGUCCGAGGACGCCGCGGGCGCCGCUGUGCCUUUUGCGCUGCUCCCGCUCGACGCGACGCUCGCCGAGCGGAUCGACGCCGCGCUGGACGACCCUCGCUCGCACGGCCCGCUCGUGACGCACGCCGACGCGCACUUGCUACCGCACGCGAAGACGUCGGUGCUCUUCCUCUCCGACGGACGUCCCUCCGACCGUGUCGACGAGCGCGAGCUGCCGCAGCUGCUGGGCGGCCAGCUGCGGGCGCUGCACUCCGCGACGCUCGGCCGACUUGCGUUCCAGCUGCUCGGUUUCGGCGACGCGCACGAGCGCAUGCUCAAGUCGAUGGCGGCCAUGGUGCCCGGCAACCUCGCGACGUUCAACGUCGUGUCGGGCCGCGCCCAUGCUCAGCUCGAGGUCCGCGUCGAGGGGGAGACGUUUGCUGCCAGAAAAAUGCAGCUGGCGCUCGAGGUUGGGGACUGGCUCUACUUUUCCGACAUGGGGGCGUACACGUCGUGCGCCGGCUCCAACUUCAACGGGAUGGAGCUGCCCGACGUCGCCUACCUGCAGGGCCACGCGCCUUCGCGGCCGCAGCCGCCCGAGACUGCCGCGGCGGACAUGCUGCACAAGCUGGCCGCCGAGGGCGUCGCGCCCUGA